GCAGUGCUGGUACAGAACCACGGAGGAGGGCGCGUAACAUGAUGAUAUACAGGUUUUCUUGAUACACAGUACUCCAGAGACCCUACUAAAACCACGACAGUGAGCUUACGACAUACCACUAGUCCGUCUUUGCGCUCUGUUUACAGAUAAAGAAGGUUUAAGUUGCUGUCCAUCUGAAGAGCAAUGUCGCUCAAUGAAGAAUACGAGGAAGGCGAGUAUGGGAGGGCGCCAAAGCGACUGAAGACGGCAGAGGUGGAGGAGGGCGAGGAGCUGGAGGAAGGAGAGGACUCGGACUCUGAAUCUGCAGGGCUGCUCGGUGAUGUGGAGAAUGUAGGAGCCGAGAAAAGGUGGACCGCAACGAAAUACGGACCUGCAAGACGGGAUAAUGGAGAGGAAGCCCACAGAAUAGCCCAGUCCCCAGUGGUCCAUGUCAGGGGCCUGUGUGAGGCUGUGGUGGAGGCAGACUUGGUGGAGGCCCUGGAGAAGUUUGGGCCCAUAUGCUACGUGAUGAUGAUGCCCUUCAAGCGGCAGGCGCUGGUGGAGUUUGAGAUGGUGGAGGGGGCCGACAAGUGCGUUUCAUGUGGCGGCAGCGAGGCGGUCUACAUCGCGGGCCAGCAGGCCUUCUUCAACUACUCCACCAGCAAGAGGAUCACCAGGCCCACUAACUCAGACAACCCCAACAGUGGCAACAAAGUCCUGCUGCUGUCCAUCCAAAAUCCCCUGUACCCCAUCACCACGGAUGUCCUCUACACGGUGUGCAACCCAGUCGGCAGCGUGAUGCGGAUCGUCAUCUUCAAACGCAACGGCAUCCAGGCCAUGGUGGAGUUUGAGUCCGUUGAGUGCGCCCAGAAAGCUAAAGCCGCUCUGAAUGGAGCCGACAUCUAUGCUGGCUGCUGCACCUUAAAAAUAGAAUAUGCCCGGCCAACUCGCUUGAACGUGAUCAGAAAUGACAAUGAGAGCUGGGACUACACAAAGCCUUACCUGGUCCGCCGAGAGCGUGGGAAGGGCCGGCAGAGACAGGCCAUACUGGGGGAGCACCCCUCCUCUUAUGGAGACAAUGGAUACGGGUCACACUGCCCCCUGCUGCCUCUGCCGGGGAACAGCAGGUACAAGCUGAGCUCCCACGAUGUCCCUGAAGUAGUGUCCUACCCACUGCCCCAGAGCUCCGCCUACAACAACCACGCCUCCAGCUCUGUCGCCAUGGUGAGCGGCCUGCACCCCACCAAGAUGAACUGCACGCGCAUCUUCAACCUCUUUUGUCUCUAUGGCAACAUCGAGAAGGUGAAGUUCAUGAAGAGUGUCCCAGGUACUGCUCUGGUAGAGAUGGGGGAUGAGUAUGCUGUAGACAGGGCCAUCACUCACCUCAACAGCAUCAAGGUCUUUGGCAAAAGGCUCAACGUCUGUGUUUCCAAGCAGCACGCUGUCAUCCCUAGCCAGGUGUUUGAGCUGGAGGACGGCAGCAGCAGCUACAAGGACUUUGCCAUGACCAGGAAUAACCGCUUCACUAGCCAGGGCCAAGCCUCCAAGAAUAUCAUCCAGCCACCCUCCUGUGUCCUUCACUACUACAACGUCCCCCCCUGCAUCUCGGAGGACCAGUUACUGAGGUUAUGCUCAGAACAUGAUGUGCCAGGUUUCACCAAGUUCAAGAUGUUUGAUGCAAAGCCGUCCUCCAAAACCAUAUCUGGGUUGUUAGAGUUUGACUCCAAGACACAUGCAGUCGAGGUCUUGACCGUCCUAAACCACUACCAGAUCAGAAUACCAAAUGGCUCUAACCCCUACACUCUGAAACUGUGCUUCUCUACAUCCUCUCACCUCUGAAGACCUCAGGAUCAGGGCACUAGCAGGACUGACCAGAAACGAGGGAGGGAGAGAGAGAGAAAAAAGAGGACAGCUGAGCUAACAAGAUACUGCGAAAGAGGGCCCUUGUCCACAUUGUCUCCCCUUGAAAUGGAGAAGACUACUGAGACACUGUAGUAUUAUACACUGGAGAUUGCUGAACACGUUCUCUUGCACUCUUAUUUUAAGUUCUCUCUUUUGUUGUCGUUCUAUAGAGAGAGACCAUUAGAAAUGAAAACAGAGACAACAGCUUCUCUCUUCCCAGCAUCCAUUGGGCCUGAGAGUGGUACCAUAACAGGUGACCACUGAAAAGACUUGUUGUGGACAGAAUGAGAGGACUAUGUUAAGGCUCAAGACAUCCAAUAUGCCCAUACUGGUGAAGACUAUUCAAGAUGGUCACUAUAUUUAAGUGCUGCUUAAAUACAGUUGAGCGGCAAUAUCUUAGUCCCUACUAGUGAAAUGUGUCAAUACAAAUAUGAAAGCGCACUGUAAUGUAAAUGUGUAUAGAACUGAAUUUGAAGUUCUGCUAUAAAGGGGUCAGAUGGGGGGGUAAUAUAAAUCUUAUGUGGGGACGUUGUCAGCAGGAGGGUUGCUUUGAAGUGGACCGUUUAAUUAUGCGUUGUAAACACUGUAUUUGUAAGUUCUUUACACACGGAGGAUCUGUGUAGUUUGUCUGUACUGUCAGUUUCUGGGUUCAGUGUUAGUAUCAUGACUCACCUGGUUCAGUGUCAGUAGUUUUGCACAUUCAGACUGUUUUGAUGUUUAGUGGAAUGGCAACAUGUCUCAUGUUCACAGUUUGUCUCUAUCCAGAAUCAUUGUACAUGACUCUUAGAGUAGCUCUUAGUCUGAUAUGAAAAAUAAUGUCAUGGAAAUUUUCUAAUUUUCUAAUCCCUCAAACUAACUAAGGUUAUUUGGGAACAGCCUUGCCAAAGAGGGUAACAGAUGACAUGAUUGUACAAAAUGCUUUGCACAACAAAAUAAGGAAAGCACAUUUUAACACAUAAUUUCAUGGGUAACUCUAGUACUUUAUAAAGAGCUAAUAUAUACACACACUGUACUUGAAGUUUUAUUUUAAGUGAGUACAGUAGCAGUUUUUAAUAUUUGCCACCAAGGUAGGGGUCAAUUCUGGUACAGUUCCUGGAAGCUUAUAUUGUUUUACAAUACUGUAAAUGUAAUUCAAACCACAAUCCUGUUUGUCACUGCAGGGAAAGUUUAUCUAGGCACAGGAUCACAGGUCAGUUGGUUCUGGAUGCAUCCUGAGAGCAUGGCAUUCAUUAAACAUUCAGUAGUCUUCAGGUCUAUGUACAUCCUAUGAGCCCACAAUUGUUCAGCAUAAUGCCUGAAGUUAGGCCAAGAAUAAACAAAUGUAAGACAAGAAGGCUCUUAAAAUCUCACUAUGCGCAUGUUCAGGUGGAUGGUGCCCAUAAUGUCCAUGUCUGACUGGUCAUUCAGUGCCCUUGUGUUUAUUGCUUUGUGCUGGGUUUUGUGGAGUUUGGUGCUCUGUGCCAUAGACAGUCACUGGAAUAAAAUCUUCAUGCUCACUA